AUGAACCCCCAAAAGUGCUUGUUUGGAGCGAAAAGAGGAUGCUUCCUGGGCUACAUCGUGACCGAGCGAGGCAUAGAGGCGAAUUCGAGCAAAGUGAAAGCGCUGCAAGAUAUGCCGCCUCCCAGAAAUCUGAAGGAAGUACAACGUCUCACCGGUCGGAUAACAGCGUUGUCGCGAUUCAUCUCCAGAAUGGCUGACUGGAGCCUGCCCUUUUUCAAGAUUUUACGCCGAGCUACCAAAUUCCAAUGGGAUGAAGAAUGCGACCAGGCGUUCGAAGAACUAAAGGUCUAUCUAAACUCUUUACCCGUACUAGCCAAGCCAGUUAUCGGCGAGCCGCUUCGCAUUUACUUAUCUUCGACCGAGCAUGCUGUCGGCUUGGCGUUUGUUCGGCUGGAUGACGAGGAACAGUCUGUGUACUUUCUGAGUCACAUUCUAAAGGAUGCUGAGUCUCGCUACAUUGGUCUCGAAAAGCUUGCUUUCACGCUAGUCCUCGCCGCACGAAGACUCCGUCCUUACUUCCUCGCGUAUACAAUAAUCGUCAUGACGAAUAGCCCUCUAGGGAGAGUCUUGCUUAACCCGGAGGCGUCCGGGCGGCUGAUUAAGUGGACGACUAAACUCAGCAAAUUCAACAUCCAGUAUCAGCCCCGCUCGGUGAUUAAGGUGCAAGCCUUGGCAGAUUUCAUAACAGAGGUACAGAACCUCGAGCCCGAAGCUUUAAGGAAAAUAUUUGUGGAUAGAUCAUCCACUCGGCUCGGAAGUGGAAUCAGUGUCUUAAUGCUUUCUCCUCAAGAAGAGCGAAUGCAUCUGUCUGUUCGGCUAGAUUACCGAGCAACAAAUAAUGAAGCAGAGUAUGAGUCCCUCAUAGCCGGCCUGCAGGCCGCUCGACACGUGGGGGCUAAUCGAGUAAUCCUCUACUCAGACUCUCAACUGCCCGCCCAGCAACUCUCGGGAGCUUUUGAAAUAAACAAUGCAAGGCUCAGGCUAUACGCGGAGGCCUUCGAUAAACUCAAAACCAACUUCGGGGAAGUGGUCGUACAGAAAGUUCCCCGAGCGGAAAACCAGGCGGCGGACGAAUUAGCUAAACUUGCAAGUUCGAUAUCGUCGGUCGUCAUCCAACAACCGAUCGAGCAGAUGGUCAAAAAGUUCAUCUGGCAACACAUAAUAUGUCGAUUUGGCAUCCCACGUUGCCUCGUGUCAGACAACGAGCGGCAAUUCAUAGGCCAGGAGCUUAGAGAAUGGUGUGAGGGGUAUGGCAUUCAGAAGCACUUCACCUCCGUAGCUUACCCACAAAGUAACGGACAAGUGGAAGUUGCCAAUCGGGAGAUCCUGCGGAUUCUUCGGGUUCGGCUUGACCACAUAGGAGGGAGCUGGGUGGAUGAACUGCCAGGAGUGCUAUGGGCAAUCCACAAGACCCCAAAGGAAGGGGCAGGCGUUACUCCGUUCCACUUGGUAUACGGAGGAGAGGCGGUCGUCCCCGUCGAGGUCAGCGUGGAGUCAGAUCGGAUCCAGAGUUAUGACGGAGACAAUGUUGAGCGGAGACUACUAGAGCUGGACUUGAUAGACGCGGUGAGAGCGAAAGCAGUCGUCCGGCUAACGGCGUAUCGUCAAAGAAUGAAGCAAAACUACAAUAGGCGAGUGAUUCCCAGAGCAUUCCAUGUUGGUGACCUGGUAUGGAAAAAGGUAAAGUCGAUCGGUGAUGUAAGUAAGCUGGAGGCUCCCUGGACCUGGCCUUUCAAAGUCAUCGAGAAGCUCUGA